GUAAAUAUCCAUCUAAUUUGGUUACAUAUAUAAAAGCAAGACAACUGACGAUUAUUAUUCAUUGUACUCUAUUGUCACAAACCAGUCAAUAUGCAGAAAUUUACGAUCUUCGUCUUCCUUGCUACCGUAGGCUUCUGUGCUGCUGCAUAUUCUCACAAAUACUCCUACAUCAAUCUACAUGAUGUUCUACAUAAUGUAAGAUUGUUGAAAAGAUACAUAGAUUGUGUGAGAGAUAUACCAGGAAUGUGCACCAAAGAUGGAGAUUACUUAAGAGAAAUUCUUCCUGAAGCAAUCAGAGAAAACUGCAAGGAAUGUGAUGCAGAGCAAAAGGAGAACGCGCUUAAAGUUAUAGCUUACCUCAUGAAAAAUCACGCUGAUUGGUGGGCCUUAAUCGACGAGAAGUUCGACGCUAACAGAAGUGCAUUUGUAAGACAGAACAUGAACAAGAUUAAAUAUUAUCAAAUACAUGAAAUAUAAGUGAACUGUGAUUUAAGAUUAUAAGUUUUAAAUUUUGAAUAAUAAUACAUGUUAUUGAGUACUGA